AUGUCUCAACAAAGUGGGACUUCAGAGGUGCCAGGCGACUAUGCUGAAAAUGGGCGCACUUAUGGCGGAUAUCGUAGUGGCAAAUACCUACUUCCCGUGGAUGACGAGGAACAAGACAGACUUGACAUUUUCCACAACAUGAUCUCUAUUGCAAGAAAGAAGGCACUCUACAGCAUUCCCGACCCACCAGCAGGCUCUCGCAUUAUCGAUCUCGGAGCAGGCACUGGGUUUUGGGCGAUCGAGGUUGCCGACAAGCUUCACUGGGCCCAAAAGGCCCCCGAGAGCAUCAUCGGACUCGAUCUUUCCUUAAUUCAACCCGGCAGCAUCCCCCCGACUGUCAAGUUCGUGCGUGCCGACGUCGAAGAUCCGUGGCAGUAUCCUGAGCAAUACUUUGACUUCGUCCACAUGCAAAUGAUGCUCGGCUCCGUGCGAGACUGGCAACAACUGUACAACAGAAGUUUCAGGCACCUGAAGCCUGGAGGCUUCAUUGAGCAGGUGGAAAUCGAAUGGGUUUUCCGUUGUGACGACAAUACUCUUUCGCCGAAUUCGCCUCUCCGCCAAUGGGGCGUCGUGCUGUCUCAGGCGAUGAGAAGGUUCGGUGCCCCCAUCGACAUCUUCGACACGAAGGCCGCCCUUGAAUCCAUGGGUUUCACAAACUUCGGCCAGCAGGUGAUCAACCUGCCAAUCAACCCAUGGGUGCGCCCUGAUGAACAUGAGGAGGAACUCGGCCGCUGGUUCAAUCUCGGGCUUACCCACGGCCUCCAAGCGAUGACAAUGGCACCAUUCACCCGGUACGCGCCAGAACCCUGGACUGCCAAUCAAGUAAACCAGUUCGUGGAAGUGCUUAAGCAGGAGCUCUGCCGGCUCAGCGUCCACGCCUACUGCAGAAUGUACGUGUGGACGGCACAAAAGCCGAUCCAAUGA